AUGCUGYCAGRAAGGGCGAAAACCCUCAAUCUCUUGGAAGAGAUAAGUGCUGAAUUGACGGGUUCAGGGAAYGCUGGUUACUGCGUUAGAUACUUGAGAAAAAUGGUUCAGUUGUCGUGGUGUGUUCACAGAUACUGUUUUUUUKAGCAAGCGAUGUUGUCUUGGAGAAGAGCUCUCAAACUCAUUCCACGUUUUGCAAGGCAACUGGACGACAUGGUUGACAACGGCAGGGCAUUUCCUGAGAACGUCACCGCGGCACAGCGAGAUAGAUUUAGCGURUUUGUAAAAAUCUCUUUGCUGUUCCCAGAAAUWCGUCCAGGAKACGGGGACGGUCUGRGUCAUUGUAAGCUUCUUGGGGUUCAYGCUACUCAUGUCAACGAUGUACCUGUUGAUGAAAACGAUUUGCCCAAUCCUUUUCAAUUCCAGGAAGUGAGAAAUCGAGAAGGAGAACUUGUACGCUGCCGUYUCGUYGCUUUCGAUACCCAAGAGUGUCCAGUAGGUGAACUAGAACUGCCUCGAAGAGUUCCAGUUAGCCAGUAUUUCUGGGAGAUGGGAAGAAAUUUCCUUGMGKCGCAAAUGGAGMGUUGGUUGGRAGACGUUCCUGAAAGAGACGCCRUCCUUGUAUSCGACUGUUUUGGACUUGACGUCYAUGGCAGAYUGCUCGUCGAUCUUCGUGGAAUUCGGCGCAGAGGAGAAGGGGUCGACGUCCUCCAUUCAUCUCUGAACAGAUUUGAAAUGGCUGAGACGUUCCUUAAAAACGGAGUUGCCCAUCCAACCUACGAAAGUUAUACGACUGAAGACCUUCUCAGAGCGUUUGCGUCAGCACGCGAACGUCGCAUGGGAGCAUUUGGCGACCCUGAGGGACGUGAAUUCGUUCACCCCCGUCCGUAUAUCGAAGGGCAUGUCGCAAGCUCAUCACCCAAUUGA